AUGGGUGAUAGAAGAAGGCAUAGUAUGGCAAUGCAGAUGGCACAAUACCAAGCAAGGAUGGAGAUUGAGGAUGCAGAAUUGUUCAAUGCUGAAGUUGAACUAUUCAACUCGUUUAUGCAAUCUGAGCACAAUGGCGAAUCUAGCCAUCGUGGUUCUGUCACGGGGCGUUCAUAUGUGCAGCGUGAUAGAGAAGAGUGUCAUGAUCGAAUGAUGAAAGAUUAUUUCAUCGAGCGUCCGAGAUUUCAUGCUCAUGAUUUUCGGAGGCGGUUUCGGAUGAGGAGAGAGCUUUUUGAAAACAUCUUGAAUGCAGUUGUCAAUCAUGACCAAUACUUUGAACGGAGGGUAGAUGCCACCGGCCGACAAGGUCUAUCACCUCAUCAGAAGCUCACAUCUGCUUUUCGCAUGCUAGGUAAUGGAUGCUCUGCAGACUCAACUGACGAGUAUUGCCGCCUUGCAGAAAGUACUGCUAUUGAGAACCUGAAGCGCUUCUGUAAGGCAAUUGAAGGCAUAUAUGGAGCCACAUACCUCCGCAACCCAAAUCGUGCAGACUUGAAGAGGCUUCUACGCAAGGCAGAAAAAAGAGGCUUCCCUGGCAUGAUAGGAAGUCUCGAUUGUAUGCAUUGGGAGUGGAAGAAUUGUCCUACUGGUUGGGCUGGCCAAUUCAAGAGCCGUCAUGACAAGCCAACCAUCGUGCUCGAGGCUGUGGCGUCUUACGACACAUGGAUUUGGCAUGCUUUCUUCGGCGCUCCUGGAUCAAACAACGAUAUCAACGUUCUUUGGUCUUCUCCUUUAUUCGAUAAUGUUGUCAAUGGAUGGGCACCAGAAUUUCGGUACAAGGUAAAUGGUAAUAGAGGCAAGAGUCUUACAGGAAGGAUGUGGAGAGAGCGUUUGGGAUUCUACAAGCUCGAUGGGCCAUUGUUAGAGGGCCUGCACGAUUUUGGCAGUCCGAAGACCUCCAUUCAAUCAUGA